AUGAAGGCUCGGGACCUUCACGACGAUGCCUCGUCCAUAGCAUCGUCAAGCUCAUCUUCCUCUACUACAAUUGAAGGGAGCGAACGCCCUCAUUCUCCUACAUCCCUGUUCGAGGACUCGCUCUUCACUCUUUUCUCGCACAACCAACCCGCACACGGCGACCCUGGCGACACCUGCAAGUACACGCACCCAAACCUCCCUUCGCGCUAUGCCACAUCUCCAGAUCGUCCGACAACGAUUCGAUACCAGAUCUCGCAAAACAGCGGCACGAACACGAAGUUAUUCGCACAUCAUCAGUGGGAUGCGGGUCUGUACCUUGCGGAUCUCAUUGCGGAACAGAGUCACGGCGGAGUAGCGCAAGGCAAGCAGGAGGAGAGGCGUUUCGUCGAUGUGCGGGACAAGACGGUGGUGGAGCUGGGUGCUGGGACAGGUCUGCCGGGUCUGGUGGCUUGCGUGAUGGGCGCCGACAGAACAGUCAUCACCGACUAUCCGGAUACGCACGUGAUUGACAACCUCGAACGCAAUCUGGACUUAGCGCUUGUACCGUCAAGAAAGGGCAAGGAGCGAGAACUCAAUCCAUACUAUACCGAAGCUCGCAAAAGAGUCCAAGUGCUAGGGCUUGGCUGGGGCAACGCCGACGAAGAAGCACGCGUUUUACGCGCUUCAAGAUCAUUGUCGGAAUCGGAGGCUAUUGAGGGAUACGACCUCGUCUUGGCAGCCGACGUGUUGUGGGUUUCGUCAGCACAUCCACUGCUGAUCCACUCAAUACGAAAGCUACUCAAGCGGGAUCGAGAUGCACGGUGCGCGCUCAUUGCAGGAUUUCACACGGGUCGACCCGCUGUGCGGCGCUUCUUCCUCCAGCUAGCCCAACCAGCUAAUUCGGAUGAUGCGAAGCUGGAGCAAGGACGCAAGGGAGCGAUAAUCCCAGACUGGGAAGAGGAUACCUUUGGCGGACUGUGGGAACGCAACAUCGACGGCUCGCGCCGUCCUUGGUCCGGAGCACCGAUGCCGUGCAAGUCCAAUCACGACGCUAACAGCUACUCUGACAACGCUGAGGAUGUGGGAGCGGAAGAGGAGAUGGGCGACAUCAGCGAUCGUGGAAGCUGGGUCGUUGUCGCUUCUCUUCGUUGGGCGGAUCUCGACUAA